UACCCUGAAUUUCCUGCAUAUGCUGCGUACAGCUGUUGUUCGUUGGAGUGUGUGCGGCAGAAGAUCGGAGGAUAUUUUAAUGGGAAGCCCAACAAUAGCCGGUGUGGCUCAAGAACGAUGCCUUGGUAAAGGAAUAUAAGUGCAUCUGAGAGACAAUCUUUUAACAGCUUCUUUGUGUAAGAAUUAGAAUGGUUGCCCUAAUGUGCAUCGCCCCCGCAAUUAUUCAAUCUGGAGAUAGGCGCUGUGCCUUUUUUAAACGGCUCCACGACCAGCUAAUGAUCAUAGUGUCGUAAAUUGUCAUUCACCGCGGAACAAGGCAGUUCCGAUACGCUCUACGGUCCAUACACGGACGUGGGAUACUUAUUUCUAAUCAGUUUGUUUCCGCUUACGUAAAUCCCGGUUUUGCGGUUGUUGAACGAAUUCCAUGCGUAGUUAUGUGUAUUAAUAGUUAAAUAAGCGUUUACCUGGUAAAAGCGAACUUUUCUUAUAUGGACCAUUUGGAACGAAAGCAAUCGCUGACAGAAGAGUCAUACAGCAUGUACGAGGAAAAUACAACGGAAACAGAUCUAGCUGCCAAACUAAGAUGCCGGAACACGUUUCUCAACACCGAACUGCAACUUCGUUCAAAAGGCUUCCGCUUCUGCGAAGCGAUAUGGGAUUCCGCCUCCUGUUGGCCUCCCACUUUACUUGGUCAGGAAGCGCAAGUGGCGUGCCCCAUAGAAUUUCGGGAUGUUCACUACGAUACGAAAUUUAUCUUUCAGUUAAUGCGACUCGAUAUUGUUUCUUUAACGGGACAUGGGCGAACCUAAGUGAUUACGAUGCCUGUACAAAUAACACCAUUAAUCUCUUUCCGGUCGAGAGUGAUAGUUUAGUGCACAUGGGUGUUAUUGGAAUUUAUUAUAUCGGAUACUCAAUUUCCUUUAUUUCUUCCUGCGUAGCCCUAUGGUUAUUUAUAUAUUUCCGUACAUUACACUGCUUGCGGAACACACUCCACUGCAAUCUCAUUAUCACAUACAUUCUGGUUGAUGUGACCUGGAUAAUAAUGACCUCAAUAAUUACGCACGAACCUACAGAGGUGCACGCCUUUGGGAAAUCCGUCACGGACGAGACAUACCGCUUCGAUUGUCGGCUUACGGUGGCUUUCUUCAACUAUUUUCAAGUAACAAAUUUCUUCUGGAUGCUGGUUGAAGGCCUUUACAUUAUCCUAAUAAUUUUCCGCACGCAUAAGUUGGAGCUCUUGUGUUACUGGCCGUUUGCGAUAAUUGGUUGGGGUUUGCCGAUUUGCGUAAUUACGGCUUGGAUGACAGUAAAAAUUGUUUUGGAUGACAAGGAAUGCUGGAUCAACACGAGUUCUCCGUACAAUUUUAUCUACAUUGGUCCUAUUCUGCUUGUCUUAGCGGUCAACGUUAUUUUUUUGUGCACGAUUAUGCACAUAUUGCUCCGGAAAUACCGCGGAACAACCACAACGGUGAUUUCAACGAGACGAACCGCCAAAAGCUUUUUGAUUCUCUUGCCACUCCUUGGGAUUACGUACGUGCUGGUCCUGGUUAUUCCACGAGAGGCCGGCCCAUUGCGAACCUCACUAGAUUACGUCAACGCCAUCGCCACUUCUCUUCAAGGAUUCUUUGUAUCCCUGCUCUACUGCUUUCUCAAUAAUGAGGUCAGAGCGAUUAUCCGCCUGCGCGGAAAUUCCUUCUUCCCUUAUCGUACCUGGCUGAAAUUGGACACUUCGGCUACCAGACGCAGUCCACGAAGUCUGACCACAUCAGCGGAUGGUCCACCGACCGGAAAUAACAACGGCGAUACCAUGAUUGUACAGCAGCCACCGGCACUAUUUCGCUACCGGCAGAACGAGAAUCUGCGUCGUCUGCAAAUCAACACAAUAACGGCUAACAAAAACGAAGUGGCAUAUUUGUUGAAAGAAAAAGAACACCAGAAUCGGAUACAGAAACAGAUUCGGCAUCAGGCCAUGGGAUAUCGCUCCACGGUUUUCUGAAGAAAUAUGAUAACGGGAUAACGGGGGUGUCAGACUGUCGUUCAUCUUAAUUAAUCCAAGACGCUUUGUGUCCGAUUACCGUCCUGUGAACGGCUCGAACUGUCUGCUAGGAAGCAGUGUCUGUCAGCUUUUAUGAUGCGCUUUAUAUGAUCCUAUAGCGAUUUUUAUAUUUUCGUAAUGCACACAUUUGUAUUAUUUUAGUUAUAACUUUUACAUUAGUUGUAUGUAAUUUAUUUAGCAGUCCGCAAUAUGCAGCUUUCAAACGGUAACUAUAAUCAUUGUCUCAUUUUAUGUGAUAAAAAUCUAUAACAUGUUUCAAUAAGUUUCGGGUAAGAAAGAAACUCUACCGUAGUA